AUGGCCGAUACUGUCAACAGCACAAAACAUGCCAAACAACAACGACAAACCACCACCAAGACCGUAACAGUCGACAUUGAUUUCACUGAAGAAAUGGCAGUGACAGUAAAGCAAGAAAACUUUCUUUGUAAUGACAAAAAUGAGGCCAGCUUCGUCAAUAUGCUCUCUCAGAAAAUGAUCUCCGAGAGUAUUGAAGUCAGACAAGCUGAUGCUGAUAGAACAAUUGCGCGGCAAGUUGACGAACGUCUAGAACUUCUGGACUCAACAUGGACUAGAUUUCUUGAAGUACAAGAGAAAAUAGAACAAAUAAUAAACGACACAGAACUGGAUGAAGAAGUGAAUUACAAGAUGGACAUUGAAGAAGUAUUCAUUACGUUGAAGAUUAUGUUGAAGCAGUUGAAACCUAUUUCACUUUCAAAUACAACUCAAGAAAUCAAUGGUAAUGCAAGCAACUCUACUGGCAAUACAGCUUCAACAUUCCAUAUUUCAUUUGUACCUUUCAGUGAAGAUGAAUCUUUUGACAAUUUUACAAAAAGACUUGAAGUAUUUAUGCACCUGAAACACGUAUCAGACGAAACUACAAAGACAUUCACCCUACUUAAUGCCCUACCUCCUACGUUACAUCAAAAGCUCUACAACAUUUGUGCACCUGACACGCCACUUCAGAAAGAUUAUGAUGACCUUAUAGCUUUAUUAAAGCUAUACUUGGAUCCUCAACCAAGUGUUUGGGCACGGCAACAUAAUUUCAUAGUACGAGAGCAAAUGAUAGGUGAAUCCGUUACAGAUUUUACAGUUGAACUGAAGAAACUUGUUACUCCUUGUGAAUUCAAAUGUUCUUGUGGAAAAUCUACAGCUGAAACUAUGCUACGUUUACAGUUCAUCAGAGGAUUGCGAGAUGCUGAGAUAAGAACGAAACUACUACAAGUAGAAUCAGACAAGACCUUCCAGGAAGUCAUAAAUACUGCUAAGAUAAUGGAACUAUCUAAAACUGAAAAUACAAUGAUUACAUCUUCACAACAUAAAGCCGAAAUUAAUCAAGUGAUCUCAAAGCCUACUAAUAAACGAUUCAAUACAAACAGUGAAAUGAGAAUUAAAUCUACAGGACACAACAACAGUUCAUUCACAUUCCAAUCACUUAAGGGAAAGUGUUACAGAUGCGGUGACCAAAAGCAUAAAGCAAACAAAUGUAAAUUUACUGAACACUGGUGUAGAAAAUGUGGAAAGAUGGGUCACAUCGCUCGAGUUUGUCUGAGCGAGAAUACCAUGACAAAAUUUAAGAACUUGAGAAACACAUGUCAAGCUGAUGUCUUAGUUGAAGAAGAUGAAUCUUAUGAAAUGAACUUAAUAACUUCAAAAAACUCAGAUAAGUUUAAUUUGAAGGUGAACAUUGAGGGGAAUGAAAUUACAAUGGAACUAGAUACUGGGGCCGCAUUGAGCACCAUAUCUUACAAGGAUUACAUGAAUCUAGGAUUGAACAAAUCCAUUCACAAAACGAAAGUGGAACUUCGUACUUAUACUGGGGAGGUUUUCGAGCCUGUUGGAUAUGUAUUUGUGAAAUGCACAUACAAAAAUCACGAUUUCAUUGGUAAACUAUACGUGAUCAACCGGAAUGUCGAUCCUAUCUUUGGACGUGAUUGGAUAAGGGAAGUUAAACUAGAUUGGGCUGACCUUAGGAGUAUUACAAGUUCUCACAUGCAUGCAGAUAUCGAUAGACUGAUUGAGAAUUACAAGGAUGUAUUUGAUCAAAAUAUUGGUGUUAUUCCCGAGGUAGAAGGUCAUAUACAACUACUUGAAGAUGCCAAACCGGUUUACAUGAAACCUCGUUUAGUGCCAUAUGCUUUAAGACCUAAAGUUGAAGAAGAACUGGACAGAUUGGAAAAAAAUAGGAAUCAUCUCGAAGGUUGA